UGUGAGAACUACACAUGUACACUGUGCCCUCUGCUGGCAGCACACGGAACUGCACUCGCUCCACUUUACCCAGAAUGCACCGCUCGCUUUAAACACAACACAUCGCCAUUUUCCGCGGAGUAACUGGGUCACGAGACGCGCGGGAAACACUCGAAGCGACCUUCACUACAGCCGCCGGUCUGAGCGCGAGGAUCCGCCGCAUCGACCGAGAGCCAAUGAUCGUGUUCGGCGGGGCCGGGCUGAAGGCGACACCGAUCACCGAUCAACACACGAGCAGCGCUGCGACACAGAAUGAAAAGAGGCCAGAAGGGAGGUGAUAAUGCGGAGGAGGGCGGCGGGUCGGGGCCGGGCCCCGGGGCCCCUGAGCUCUGUAAGCGGCUCCGGCAGGGAGACUCUGAGGACGGGGCGGUGGACUGGAGGCAGCUGCCCGAGGAGAUCCUGCUGCAGAUCUUCCAGUACCUGCCUCUGCUGGACCGGGCCUUCGCCUCGCAGGUGUGCCGCGGCUGGAACCAGACCUUCCACAUGCCUGAGCUCUGGAGGUGCUUCGAGUUCGAGCUCAACCAGCACGCCAGCUCCUACCUGAAGGCCACGCAUCCAGACCUCAUCAAGCAGAUCAUCAAGCGCCACUCCAACCACCUGCAGUACGUCAGCUUCAAGGUGGACAGCAGCACUGAAUCUGCAGAAGCGGCAUGUGACAUCCUCUCUCAGCUGGUCAACUGCUCGCUGAAGACACUCGGGCUGAUCUCCACCGCACGACCCUCCUUCAUGGAACUGCCCAAAUCUCACUUCAUCUCGGCGCUGACGGUGGUGUUCGUGAACUCUAAGUCUCUGUCGUCCCUGAAGAUCGACGACACACCGGUGGACGACCCGUCACUCAAAGUGCUGGUGGCCAACAACAGCGACACGCUGAAGCUGCUGAAGAUGAGCAGCUGCCCACACGUGUCUCCUGCAGGGAUCCUGUGCGUGGCGGAUCAGUGUCACGGUCUGCGCGAGCUAGCGCUCAACUACCACCUGCUGAGCGACGAGCUGCUGCUAGCGCUGUCGUCCGAGCGUCACGUUCACCUGGAGCACCUGCGCAUCGACGUGGUGAGCGAGAACCCGGGCCAGCAGUUCCACUCCAUCAAGAAGAGCAGCUGGGACGCCAUGGUGCGCCACUCGCCCAAGUUCAACCUGGUCAUGUACUUCUUCCUGUACGAGGACGAGUUCGGGCCCUUCUUCCGCGACGAGGUGCCCGUCACGCACCUGUACUUCGGCAGCUCCGUCAGUAAAGAGGUUCUGGGCCGCGUGGGGCUGACCUGUCCUCGGCUGGUGGAGCUGGUGGUGUGUGCUAACGGCCUGAGACCCCUGGACGAGGAGCUGAUCCGGAUCGCAGAGCGCUGCAGACAGCUGUCGGCCAUCGGCCUGGGCGAGUGUGAGGUGUCCUGCAGCGCAUUCGUGGAGUUCGUCAAGAUGUGCGGCGGCCGGCUCACGCAGCUCUCUAUCAUGGAGGAGGUUCUGGUGCCUGAUAACAAGUACGGGCCGGACGACAUCCACUGGGAGGUGUCCAAACACCUGGGCCGCGUCUGGUUCCCCGACAUGAUGCCCACCUGGUAGCACGCAGCCAGAGACUCGCAAGUCCUCGGACAGACUGCAGCAGCGCUAGGCCUGGGACAAUAAAUCAAUGCAUCGUGAUCGAUUCUGAGCUUAGUUUUCAACAGCAGAU